GCGGGCUUCCUCUUAAUGGUCCCGGUCGCUAUUUCGAUUUGUUGAGAGUUGGGAGUUGAAAAUUGUUGAAUGCCUUAUUCAGAGUUGUUUCAGUUAAAUCCCCCUGUACUCUUUUUUGGUUGAGCGACUCUCACCUCCACCUCUUUACACAAUCAAGCUCUCUCUCUCUCUCUCUCUCUCUCUCUCUAUAUAUAUAUAUAAGCGUGCUAACCGUAACUACAUCUGCCUUCUGUUUCUUUAAUGGCUGGGUUUCUGUCGCUUCUCCGGCGCAUAUACCUUUCUCUCUACAACUGGACAGUCUUCUUCGGAUGGCUUCAAGUGUUUUACCUUGCUGUGAAGACGCUCAGGGAGUCCGGCCAUGAACAGGUUUACAACGCCGUCGAACGCCCGCUUCAGUUCGCUCAAACGGCUGCCCUCUUGGAGAUAAUUCAUGGUCUAGUGGGUCUGGUUAGAUCUCCAAUCUCAGCAACACUGCCACAGAUAAGUUCGAGGUUGUAUUUGACAUGGGGCAUCUUGUGGAGUUUCCCUCAGACACAGGGUCACGUACUUGUGACCUCCCUGGUGAUCAGCUGGUCCAUCACAGAGAUCAUUCGGUAUUCUUUCUUUGGGAUGAAAGAGGUGCUUGGUUUUGCACCUUCAUGGCUCUUGUGGCUCAGGUAUAGCACCUUUUUGUUGUUGUAUCCAACUGGCAUCACCAGUGAAGUUGGUCUGAUAUAUGUCGCCCUGCCGUACAUUAAGGCAUCUGAAAAGUAUUGUAUAAGGAUGCCAAACAAAUGGAACUUCUCUUUCGAUUACUUCUAUAUGGCAAUCGUGGCCCUCGCAACCUAUGUUCCAGGCAGUCCUCACAUGUACAUCUAUAUGCUUGGGCAGAGGAAGAAAGCUCUCUCCAAAUCCAAGAAAGAGUAGAAUGGCAGCAAAGUUCUUUAAUUUUAUUCUCAAUGUUUUUCUGAACUUUUUGGGUGGGAAAUAUAAUUCUAUUGUUAAAACUGGUUUUCGGUCAGAAUAUCGAUAUUCAAUUAAGAAAAAUGCUAUUCAUUAGGGUUUGUUUGGAAAAA